UGGCGGGGGUGAUAGCUGCCACAUUUAGGGGUGUUGGUCUCAGUUUUGACAACCAGAAGAAAGGUAAAAACGUGAACAUUGUGUCUGAGUAAAAAGUUUCGCCUGUCAUCCCUCAGAAAACAGCCUGCUUUCCUCAAACUUUUGGCGUGGGAGAACCAGAGUCCACACUGAAUGGCUGAGGGCUCCUCAGACCCACCUGACCUCAAUCCAGAUGAGGCGUCACAUCAAAAACCCUACCAGCACAAACCCAGAAGAGGCCGGCCAAGACAUGACAAUGACAGAAACCUGAGAAAUAAUAGCUAUAAUCCUCCUCAGCAGUACGGACACUUUCACGAGGGCCCAUUUAGCCAUGAUCACUCAAAUUAUGCAUUUUAUCAUCAUCAUCCUCCUUACCAAGGAGAGGAUGGAUCCAGAAGGAGAGGCAGAGGUAGGGGGAGGAGAGAUGGGAAUAGAAAUGAGAAUUACGGUGGCUCCGGUUCCUGGUGGCAGAGACAAGGAGAAGAUUAUGGACCUAACAGAGGUGCAGGGGGUGGUCGCUCAGGAGGACAUCCUAUGGAUGGACCUGAUGGACCCAACUGGCGCAGAGAGGAUGAAGGUAAACAUUUGGAACAAACUAAUGGAGAUCAGGCUAAAAGACCCAGAAAGUUUAGCCAGGAGCCAAGGAGAGGACAGCAGAAUGGUAAAGGGCCUUACUUAAGGGAGAAAAACAGCGGAGCAGCAGGAGGAGAAAACCCCCCUUCCAACAUCAGGAGCAGCAGGACAGGUUCAGACACUCAGCAUGAAGACCAUCAGAUGAAGAAAACUGAGGUGAAGAAACGACAAGGACCAAUCAAACCACCCAAACCACAAUCUCAGGAGGAAGCAGGCUCAGAGAGGACGGCCAGUGGUCAGGAAGACUCGGGCAACACUAAACCAUUUCAGGACAUUAAGGCUAACUCUGGAAGAGGCUCUGGACAACAUACGCCCUUUUCGGCUAGAGGGGGGAGAAAAAGUCAUCAUCAAAACCACAGACAGGGUCAGAGGAACUGGAACAGGGUACCAGAGAGCAAAGAGACCCAGACAGGGUGUCUUAUUGAACAGCUGUCUGAGGAGAAGUACGAGUGCAUGGUUUGCUGUGACAUCAUCCGGCUCAUGGCCCCUGUGUGGAGCUGCCAGAGCUGCUACCAUGUCUUCCACCUGAACUGCAUCAAGAAAUGGGCUCGUUCUCCAGCCUCUCAGGCAGACGGUAAAACCAUCAACAAACAUCUGGAUUUUUCACUGUUGGCGGCGCUGACCCACUUCACUCUGCUUGAUUCAGCUGAAGGUUGGCGUUGUCCGGCCUGUCAACACGUUGCACUGAAACCACCAACCUCCUACACUUGCUUCUGUGGUAAAGUGACGAACCCGGAGUGGCAGCGCAGUGAGAUUCCCCACAGCUGUGGUGACAUGUGCGGGAAGAAAAGGAGCGGCAUAGACUGUAACCAUCCCUGUAACAUCUUAUGUCACCCUGGGCCGUGUCCUCAGUGUCCUGCCUUUGUCACAAAGUCCUGCGUCUGUGGAAAGACCAGUCAACCGAUGCGUUGUGGUCAGGGCACAGUACUGCAGUGUGACAAGGUGUGUGGUGCCUUACUUAACUGUGCAGAGCACUCGUGUGCCCAGGUGUGCCACAGUGGAGCGUGUCAGCCGUGCCAGCUGCAGGUUCAGCAGGUGUGCUACUGUGGUGUUACGACUCGUGAAGUCCCGUGUGGCACGGAUAAAGAAGGAUAUGAUGGUUUGGGGUAUUUCUGCUGUCAGAAAAUAUGUGGGAAGAUGUUAAACUGUGAAGCUCACCGGUGCCAGCAGCUGUGCCACAGCGGCCCGUGCCAACCGUGUCCUCGCUCGCCGAGCCUGGUGAAGACAUGUCCGUGUGGUCAGACACCGCUGGCCAAACUGCUGGAACUAGGCUACGCUGAGCGACAGAGCUGCUCGGACGCCAUUCCUUCCUGUGGAAAGACGUGCAACAAACCCCUCGCAUGUGGCUCCAGCGACACUGUCCAUCUUUGUGAGAAGUUGUGCCAUGAAGGUAGCUGUGGACCGUGCUCGCUGACCUCUACCAUCAGAUGCAGAUGUAGCUCAAAGACUAAGGAGGUCCCGUGUGCCACAAUCCAAACAGAGGAGGAGCUUGUUUUCACCUGCGAGAGGCGCUGCAACAAGAAACGCUCCUGUGGAAGACACAAGUGUGGAGAGCUGUGCUGUGUGAAUGUGGAGCACAAGUGUCUUCUGAUCUGUGGCUACAAGCUCAACUGUGGCCUCCACCGCUGCCAGGAGCCCUGUCACCGUGGAAACUGUGAGCCCUGCUGGCAGUCCAGUUUCGAUGAGCUGACGUGCCACUGUGGGCUCACCGUCUUGUACCCUCCUAUCCCCUGUGGCACAAAGCCACCAGAGUGUAAGAACAUGUGUACAAGACGACACGAAUGUGACCACCCAGUGUUCCACAACUGCCACAGCGAGGAGAAGUGUCCACCUUGCACUUACCUCACUCAGAAAUGGUGCAUGGGAAAUCACGAGCAACGCAGCAACAUCCCAUGCCACCUGCAGGACAUCUCCUGCGGCCUGACCUGUAAUAAAACACUGCCGUGUGAAAUGCACCGCUGCAGGCGUAUCUGCCACCGUGGCGAAUGUUUGCCAGACGGUAACUGCCAGCAGCCCUGCACGCUGCCUCGUCCAGACUGCUGCCACCCGUGUGGCGCCCCGUGUCAUAAAGGAGACAGCUGUCCACGCACCACCUGCACCGCCAAGGUGGCUGUGCAGUGUGACUGUGGCCGAAGGAAGGAAAUGGUUGUCUGCUCGGAGGCAGCCAGCUCCUAUCAGAGGUAUGCAGCCAUCGCCAUGGCCAGCAAACUGUCUGACAUGCAGCUCGGUGAUUCCAUGGACAUCGCCCCACUGCUCACUAAGAAGGAGAUGAAACAGACCAGGCUUGAAUGUGAUGAAGAGUGUGCCACGCUGGAGAGGAACAGGCGUUUGGCGGAGGCGUUGCAAAUCGACACAUCUUCUGACCCAUUCCAUGUUCGCUCUACCUCUGUAUACAGCGACAGCCUCAAAGAGGAUGCCAGAAAGGACCUGAAGUUUGUCAGUGAGGUAGAGGAGGAGCUUAAGAAUCUAAUUGAGCUGGUAAACAAGGGAAAACAGCCAAAGAGAAGCCACUGCUUCAGACCCAUGAACAGAGACCACCGCAAGAUCAUCCAUGAACUAGCUGAGAUCUACUGUGUGGAGAGCGUGAGCUACGACAGCGAGCCCAAACGCAACGUGGUCAUCACUGCACAAAAGGGAAAGUCGCUCUGUCCAAACUCCACUCUGACAUCACUGAUAGAGCGGGAGACGGCGGCGAGGGCCCCUCCUCCCAUCGCUCAUAUCAAACAGCACAUCAGCAAGCCUGCUACUGGAACCUGGUCAAAGGUGGUCAAAGAAGAACCUAUGAUCGAUUAUUUUGAUGUUCAGGAUUGAAACGAGGCUAAAACAAAAUCAGAGCAAACCUCAGGAUCCUUUCACAAUUAUAUCUGCCAAAAUUUCUAAAUAACCUUUUUCAUUUGUGUUCAUGAAAGAUCAAUCAGAAUCCCUCUGGCUUCAUAAUCAAAUCAAACAAUUUCUUGAAAUAUCUCUAAGAUGUGAUCGCCUCCAGGGAACGCCCACACUUGAUUUAUUCAAGGAGGAGGAAUUGAAUAAGUCAAGAGUCAAGUGCUCCAUUUGAAUUCAGACAUAAAAGUCUCCCACAUUUCUGAAGAUGGAUCAUUUUGCAAAGCUCUUGAUUGCUUCUUCGCCUCCUUUGUUUGCAGCCAUACCCUGGUUGAACCCGACUUAAUAAAAAGUCAAUUUGUCCUUA